GGCCGGCCCCCGCGCCCAAGCGGCUGCUCCCUGCUGACUGGGGUGUGGGCGGGGAGCGGCGGAGGGAGGAGGAGGCGCUGCUGGCUGCCGCCGUUGCCUCCGCUGCUGGGCGCCUGGGCAGCUCCCUGGGUUUCUGCGGCCGCCAUGGACGAGCAGGCGGGUCCCGGCGUCUUCUUCAGCAACAACCACCCGGGCGCCGGCGGUGCUAAGGGGCUCGGGCCUCUGGCAGAGGCUGCCGCGGUCGGCGACGGGGCGGCUGCGGCGGGGGCGGCUCGAGCCCAAUACAGCCUCCCGGGGAUCCUGCACUUCCUGCAGCACGAAUGGGCCCGUUUCGAGGUGGAGAGAGCACAGUGGGAGGUGGAGCGGGCGGAGCUGCAGGCCCAGAUUGCCUUUCUUCAGGGGGAAAGGAAAGGUCAAGAAAAUUUGAAAAAGGAUCUGGUGAGGAGGAUCAAAAUGUUGGAAUAUGCUCUUAAACAGGAAAGAGCCAAAUACCAUAAGUUAAAAUAUGGGACAGAAUUGAAUCAAGGCGAUAUGAAGCCUCCAAGCUAUGAUUCUGAUGAAGGUAAUGAAACAGAAGUGCAGCCACAACAGAAUAGCCAAUUAAUGUGGAAGCAAGGUCGACAACUACUCAGACAGUAUCUUCAGGAGGUGGGUUACACAGAUACUAUUCUAGAUGUGAAAUCUAAACGAGUACGAGCUUUGUUGGGCUUUUCAAGUGAUGUCACUGACAGGGAAGAUGACAAAAAUCAGGAUUCAGUUAUAAAUGGCACAGAGGCUGAAGUUAAAGAGACAGCAAUGAUUGGAAAAUCGGACUUAACAGAUUCUGCCUCUGUGCUGGAUAAUUUCAAAUUCCUUGAAAGUGCAGCUGCCGAUUUUAGUGAUGAAGAUGAAGAUGAUGAUAUUGAGGGAAGAGAGAAAAGUGUCAUUGAUACUUCAACAAUCGUUAGGAAAAAAGCAUUGCCUGAUAGCAGUGAAGACCGAGAUACAAAAGAAGCUCUGAAGGAGUUUGACUUCUUGGUUUCAUCAGAGGAAGGAGACAGUGAAUCUAGAAGUGCAGGCGAUGGAACAGACUGGGAAAAGGAAGACCAGUGUCUCAUGCCUGAAGCCUGGAAUGUGGACCAGGGAGUAAUUACCAAACUCAAGGAACAAUACAAAAAGGAGAGAAAGGGGAAAAAGGGGGUGAAGAGGCCCAAUAGGUCAAAACUACAGGAUAUGCUUGCUAAUUUGAGAGAUGUUGAUGAACUUCCUUCAUUGCAGCCAUCUGUGGGUCCACCUUCCAGACCUAGCAGCUCCAGACUUCCUGAGCAUGAAAUUAAUAGGGCAGAUGAAGUGGAAGCACUGACAUUUCCUCCUUCUUCUGGGAAGUCAUUCAUCAUGGGAGCAGAUGAAGCCCUUGAAAGUGAACUAGGACUUGGAGAAUUAGCUGGCCUUACAGUGGCCAAUGAAGCGGAUUCACUGGCUUAUGAUAUAGCAAACAAUAAAGAUGCACUGAGGAAGACUUGGAACCCUAAGUUUACAUUAAGAAGUCAUUUCGAUGGCAUCCGAGCUCUUGCUUUCCACCCCAUUGAGCCUGUUUUGAUAACAGCAUCAGAGGAUCACACAUUGAAAAUGUGGAAUUUGCAGAAAACAGCCCCAGCCAAAAAGAGUACUUCUCUUGAUGUAGAGCCUAUCUAUACAUUCAGGGCUCAUAAAGGUCCAGUGCUUUGUGUGGUAAUGAGCAGCAAUGGUGAGCAAUGUUAUAGUGGUGGUACUGAUGGACUGAUCCAGGGCUGGAACACCACUAAUCCCAACAUUGAUCCCUAUGAUUCUUAUGAUCCUUCUGUUUUAAGAGGUCCUUUUCUAGGCCACACAGAUGCAGUCUGGGGUUUGGCAUACAGUGCAGCACAUCAGCGUUUGUUGUCCUGCUCAGCAGAUGGCACUCUUCGUUUGUGGAAUACAACGGAGGUGGCUCCUGCACUAAGUGUAUUUAAUAAUAAUCAAGAAUUGGGAAUCCCUGCCUCUGUGGACCUAGUGAGCAGUGACCCAAGCCAUAUGGUAGCAUCAUUCAGCAAAGGAUUUACAAGCAUCUUUAACAUGGAAACACAACAACGCAUUCUUACUUUAGAAUCCAAUCUAGAUUCAACAGCCAACUCUUCCUGCCAAAUAAAUAGAGUCAUCAGUCAUCCCACUCUUCCAAUCAGCAUCACUGCUCAUGAAGACAGGCAUAUCAAAUUCUAUGAUAACAAUACAGGCAAACUGAUCCACUCUAUGGUAGCCCACCUAGAAGCUGUUACAAGUUUAGCAGUUGAUCCUAAUGGCCUGUACUUGAUGUCUGGCAGUCAUGACUGUUCAAUACGUUUAUGGAAUCUAGAAAGUAAGACAUGUAUACAAGAGUUCACGGCUCAUCGGAAAAAAUUUGAAGAAUCCAUUCAUGAUGUAGCUUUCCACCCAUCCAAAUGCUAUAUAGCCAGUGCUGGAGCUGAUGCCCUGGCUAAGGUCUUUGUAUGACACCAUGCAUCAUCUUCACCUUCUAGCUCUUUAUAAAUAAUAACUGCACAAAAAAAGAUACAUACAGAAGACCAGGGCAAGAAUCAACUCAUCCUGCCCUUUUAUUCUGCUGAAGGAGCACAGAGAACAUUUGUUAAAGUAUAGUUUUGCAAUUCGUACACUGUUUUCUAAAAUUAAGGUUUGUUCAGGUUGCUGCAAGCUCAGCUGAAUCUUUAAGCCUGAAAACUAUUUCAAAAUUUCCCCCAAAGAGGCGCUUUUAUUUCUGAAGUUGUUCUAAUUCGCUAGGCAGGCCUGAGCGAAGACAGGUUUAGCUUGUCCCUGUUGAAUAAACAGGGCAUGCUGUAAGGGAUAAUUAAAAGCUGGAUGACUGGGAAGGAAUAGAAGAAUGGAAACUUGGACCUAUUUCUCCCCUGAGAAAUCUUAUUAAACACAUUAGGUAAUCAAAACAUUAAUCUUUACUAUAUCUGCUGUGCUAACCCUGUUGUGUAUAAUGACCAGGCAGUGUUAAAAUGAUUUUUUAAUUUAGCUCUCCUUCAGCUCCUUGCAUAAAGCACGUGGUAAAGCAUUUUACCUAUUAGCAGGAAAAGAUGCAAUAAUAUGUUAAAUAUAUUAUUAUUCAGAAAUGCUAAAAAAAAUUUACUUUGCAAGCAGAUUUCUAUAUUGUAUUACAGUUUUGAAAGUAGAUUUGGUACCAUUGUAAAGUUUAGCUGUCAAGCACUCACCAUUGUAAAGAAUAGUUGAGUCUGCUUUUACUAAAGGAUUAACUUAUUCAGGUUUGAGAUUCUGUUAUUUUUAAGGGCAAAUAGGGCAUAGCUGUGUAAUAAUUUCUAUUUUAAAAUUCACCUUAUUCAUGUGAUAUUUAAUAGUACCGGAAUAAUUAUCUCAUAUUGAUGAAAUCUUCCAGUGAUUGAAUAAGACUGAAGUUAUUUGCUAGUACUCAUUUGUCAGUAGCCAUAUAACCAUGCUUCAGAUGAUCUCUGCUCUUUUUUGUCUCUCACAUUCAUGCUGACACCUACCAAAAAUAGUUCAUAAUUAUUAUGUUUUAAUAGUCCAAAGAAUAUGGUUAACCUCAGGCAGCUGCUUUCAUAGCAGUUAAAUAAAGCAAAUGUACCCCAUUAUUCCUCUUCUAGUAUCCCUGAGAAGAAGAACCUCUUGGAAAUCUUGAGUGGAAGAUUUUAUGCCUUAUGCUGGCAAAAAGUUUCCCUCUCCCUUCCCUUCCCCCAUUAUUUAAUUGGAAAGCACAUUUUAAUGCUCAGUGAAUCAAUAUUGUUCUUUGGGAAAACCAGGUUCUAAGAGGCUGGGUUUCCCUGAGCCCACUUUACCUGUGACCCACGUGUGGUCAACUUUUGAGAUUCCCACUACCUUACUAUCUAGAAUGAGUGCCCUAUCAUGCAGAUUCUUUCCUUAAACUUGUCAUGCUCUUCAUAUUUUUUUCUUAUUUGCCCCAAAUGACAGAGAUCAAUCCAGAUAGUAAAAUAAAUUAUUAAUAUCUAACCAAAUAAUUCCUACAUUUCAGCGAGGCACUAUCAUGCUUGCCUAUAAUCCCAGCAGUUUGGGAGAUUAAGGCAGGAGAAUCCCAAGUUCAAGACCAGCCUCAGCAAUUUAGUGAGACACUGUCUUAAAAUUAAAAAAGGACUGGGGAUAUCGCUCAGUGGUUAAGUGCCCCUGGGUUUAAUCCUCACUACCAAAAUAAUAAUAAUAAUAAUUCCUACAUUUCUAUCCCCAUGUAGUUCAUUGUCAUAGCAAUAUUCUGAUGUGUACAUUUCUUGAAGCAGAAACCUUGUGGCAAUGUGGACAAUAAUUGACAAUAUCUUAAAAAAAUUUCUGCUUAUCUGCAUUUAGAAUUUUGUAUAUACAGGCAAAUUUUCAUUAAAGUUCUAAGACCUGUGCUAUUUGCCUGAUUGUUAUAUAGACAUGCUAUCAUAUUUUAAUACAGCUUCUUUUUCAUCUUUGUGCUUUGGUUAACUUGAAGGCUUAAGAGACUUCUUUGUAUAAUCAAGUGAAUUGAUCUAGAAAUAAGCUACCAGAUGAAUGCUUAUCUUUCCAUGCAGAUAUAGAAUUUCACAUUGUUUUUAGUAAAUUCCAUCGUUCACAAAGUGAAGAAAGGAUGUUGCUAACUUAACAUUUGUAGAAUACUGGAAAAUUCCAGCCAGGUGCCCUUACUUGGUAUAUUUAUGAUCGAUGACCACAAAGUUGUUGUUCUAACACUUAUUGCUUUAAUUAUCUUCCAAGGUGCCUGCUUUACUUGUUUCACUGAAAUUCUGAAAACCAAGACACUUCUUUUGUUCAUUUUAUGCCUCAUGGUUGAAGUUUUUCUAUUAGUGAAAAAUAACCAUGGGAUAUGCAAAUUGUAAUGCAAAUAAUGGAUCUCCUGGAAGUUCUAGGAAGCCAGUCCUGUGCCAUUAGAUACUGCACAAAGAGAUUCUUAUAUUAGCGUUGUAAGAGCUCAGCUUAGAAGUGAGCCUAAGCUGUCUUCCAAUGAGAUGGUCGCAUAUGCAUGUAUUUGACUUUUCCCCCAGCCUAUUGAAAAUUCAAUAGAAAUUUACAAAAUGAACAAAUUCAAGAUUCAGUCAUUGAAAUGCUUUCAUAAUGCUUGAUUUGUAAAUAUUUUGGAUGAAAUGUAUUGGAAUAGUAUGAAAAUCAGCAGGUGGUGUGGUUCCCUGCCUUAUUUUCAUAUGCUGUGGAUACAUCUCUGGGAGCUUGCAGUACCCUUUUCAAAACUCACCUGUCACUUGGAGCUCAUUUGCUGCUCAAACUAUAGACAAAUAUUUAACAUAAGUGAUAUAAUAACCUUCAGUAUUUUUCUAUUGAACAAGUUUAGCAAUUUUUGCCAUUAAACAGAUAAUUAGUUAUGCAAAGUAUUUAGCUUUUAUAAUCAUUUUAGUUAUAACUAAAAGGGGGAAAUUGAUCUGCAUCACUGAUAAUGAACUUUGUGAAAAAUUUUUUGUUUAUCUGACUUUCAUUCCUUCAGUAUUCUUGCUAUACAUUUGUUUUGGAGAUAAUGAUGAAAAUUUAUUUGAAAAUAUCUAAAAUGUAUGUAUAUUUUAUAAAUAUAUAUUAUAUAUAUUGUGUGAAUAUAUAUAAUAUAUAGACUAUAUAUAUAUAUAUAUAUAAAUAUAAACCAUAGGUGCAUUUUACUGUUUUGUAUUUUCAUUUUUGGAGGUAGUGUAACAGCAGAUUAUGAUGAGUGUUGUGCUGUUUUCUUUUGCAGUAUAAUAUAUAGUUCUAAAUGUUUAAAUUACUGUAUAUUCUAUAUUCAUUAUAGGCUAGCAUGCUUGUUUUAAAGACUGUCAUUCUAGUUUAUUAAAAUCUGAAUGUAAGAAAACCUGGCUAUUCAAAUGUGAAUUGAAAAAUAUUCCAUUCUCAGUACUGAACUAUUUCCAUUGAACAUUCAGGCUUUUUAACAAACUAUAAAUCAUCAAGAAGGCAAUAGUUAGAAAAUGAGAGGUGCCUUUAAAAUAUAUAUAUAUACAAAUGCAGCCUUACAGUGAGGAUGAAGAUUGAAUUUGUGUAAGGGGGUGGGGGUGGGGGACAGUGAGAGAGAGUGUGUGUGUGUUUGCCAAUCUGUGAAGGUCCUGAUUUGUGACCAUCAGUGUCUUUUUAAUGUAAUGCUCAACCUCUAGGACUUCAGGGGACAUUUCAUGCGCUGUCUUUGUGCUCUUCUGAGCACCAUAUGUACUUUCCAGAAUUAUGAAUGUGAAUUCCUAGAAAUUUCAGUAGAGAAUAAAUAGCUACUCUUUAUAGUCAAGUUCAGGUAAAAGAGAAAUUUUUGGUUCACCAAAAUUAUGGGAUCUCAUUAACAUUAUAAUUUUUUAAAGGUUGGCAUUUUAGUACUUCAUAUAUUUCCCUUACAUAAAAGCAUGUCAUGAAAUUCUUAAGUGAUGAAGAUUCAACUAGUAAAAAAUAUUUUUAAACACCUGAACUAGUUAAAUCUCUACCUGAGAAUAGUCUUAAAGAAUUUAAAUGGCAUCUCUCAUAUCUACCUCGUUGUUGCUGCCAUUUUAACUAAAGCAAAUUUUUAUGACAUCUGAAAUGAUGGUUAGAUGCAAUUUAAAAAUCAUGUUGGUGCUUUUCUCAGGCUUUAUCAUUUAAGUUGUAUUGUCACAAAUCAGAUUGAAAAACUUAGAAUUACUCUUAGUUUUCCUUUGAAAGAAUGGCUUAAAAUUAACCAUCAGUGUUGUGAGUGAAUGAAGGUUCUCCCUGGUUUGUGUAUGGUCUGUCUGAUGUUUUCAACCAAAAGACAAAUUGUUAUUGAAUUUACAUGAAAAGAGAGUUCUAAAUGUAAUUUUAUUUAGCUUCCUUUAUUCUUUGAAAGCUGUUUCCAAAUUAUUAAGUACAUAAUCCUUCAUUUUAUUAACUCAGAAGUUGCCUCCAACUACUAUGUUACUUGUUUAUUUAUGUAAUUGCAGUACUUUGAGUGUUUGACACUGGGAUUCUGGUUGUACAAAAGUAGUAACUGACUGAAAUAUGUAUAUUUUUGUGAAAUGUACUAAUUCCUAAAAUCUGUUUUAGGGGCAGGUCCAGAAACUAACAUAUCUGUAUUUAAAAACAAAGAAUGGUACAUUAUUUUGCCACUAAAAACUUUUUAAUAGGCCAUAUUUGUCAUCCAACUGAAUCUCCAUAUCAGUGCAAGGAAUUCCAUGUUGACAAAUUUUUAAUAGAUCCAUAACAUCACUUUUAUUUUUAUAAUCUAAAAAAAGCAAAUGUUAGACCAAAAGAGACCCCUAGAUUCCACUCAUUUAUUCUAGCAGUAUUCCUGAGGUGGUGCAUAGGGGUUGGAAUUUUCUGGAUCUUUGCUAGUCAAGCUUUAGAUUUGAUUUAACUGGGACCACAAACUUGUCAUCCCUCUGAUACAAAUUAGAAGGUUCUUUUUAAUUUAGAUUAAAUGUCUGCCUGCAUUUUUUUAACAGGCUGUGAACCAGUGAGUGCCUUGUUAAUGUAGAAUGAUUUUUCCCCCUGUUGAGUGUUAGCUCUCUUUGAAAGUGUCUCAGAGAAUGGUAUUUUAAUUGACUUGUAGAGAGCUGCUAAAUUUGGUAUUAUCAGCAUCAGAAAGUCUUUGGUCUACCACAUACUCCCUUCCCUGCUUUCUCCUCAUUGUUUGGCUGAUGUUAGCUUCUUGUGAGAAAACAAAUACAACUCCCUUUCUCCACACACACUUUUUUCAAUGCAGAUUAGGAGGUAUUCCCAUACCCAUCCCAACUAUAUAAUCUAAUUCCUGUUUUUUAGGAGGAACCACUUCUUUGUAAUACUAAGUCUACUGGUUAUUUUGUCUUCUCAACUUAAGUUUACUAGAGCUGAUCUCAGGGUAUCAUCAGUUCAGUUUCCUAAAUAACCCUUGCUCUCCACACCUAAGCCCCCAACUGGUGAGCCCUGGGCCUGAUUGUUUGAUCUUAAGGUAUUUUAAAUUUCAGUUAAAGUAUCAAUUAAUGUAAAUUAAUCCAAAUGCUAAUUUUUGUGGUAUAAGAAAUUUCUUUUGUAAAUUCAGGGUAUGGAUAAGCUAAUGAUGAUAUCCAUUUUUGGUGGCUCUAAGUGUAUUAUGUUUUUAAAUAAAGUGUACAAAUAUAGAUAAUGUGCUA